AUGCAGAUCCCUCUCAUCACGCUCAAAGAGGCUCUGCUGCUUGCCCUGGGUGAGGCAGCGGCCGCCCAGGUCGAGCAGUCCGCAUACGACUACAUCGUUGCUGGCGCCGGUGCGGCUGGUAUCGUGGCUGCUGAACAGCUCUCGCAGUCCGGCCGCAAGGUGCUUCUCCUCGAGCGCGGCGGGCCCUCCCUCUACUCGACGGGCAACACGCAACAAGUCCUGACAUGGAACGACACCAUGACAACCUACGAGGCCCGGCCUUCGUGGCACUGGGAUGUCCCCAAAGGUAUUGCUCAGGCAGCUGCCGAGCUCUACGAACACCUGCCCGGCACCAAUCUGGCCUCCGAGGACGGCAAGCGCUACGAUGAUGCGGCGUUUGACAUUACUUCGCGCUUCCUCCUGGCCAAUGGCUGGUCGGAGACUGAUGCCAUCAAAGACCCCGAGGCGAAAGAGCUCGUCUACGCCCACCCAGCUUGGUCUAUCGCCAACGGUCUCCGCGACACCCCAGUGAGGAAGAUCCUCGACGCCGCCAAAGCACGAGCCUGCUUCUCCCUGCAGCUCGGCGCCAAGGUCCUGCGUGCCGUACGCACCGGCAGCAAAGUCACUGGCGUCGAAGUCGAGCGCGCAGACGGUACCCGCGAGAUCAUCCCCCUCGCCGAGGACGGCGCCCUUCUCGUCGCAGCGGGCACACACUCGACUCCCCGCGUGCUCUUCAACUCUGGCAUUGGCCCCGCCGCUCAGAUUGACAUCGUCGCCGGCGGCACCACCAACUGGAUCGAGCUCCCCGUCGGGCGGAGCCUCAAGAACCACGCCGUGGCAACCAUCACCCUGACCGGCGCCAAGGAGAACGUCCCCGCCCUGCCCGCGACGGCGUUCCCCUCCCCGAGCCAGGAGAACAUCGACCUCUUCGCCCACAGCAGCGGCGUCUUGAUGCAGUCCAGCCAGCGUCUCAACUUCUGGACCAGCCUCAACACCACCACCACCAGGCAGUACGCCGUGCAGGGCACCGUCCGCGCCGGCGCCAACAGCACAAUCUCGAUCCAGCUGUACCUAACCCACGGGACGAGCUCCCUCGGCGAGGUCUCCAUCACGCCCGACGGCAAGACCAACAUGACCAUCAGCCCCCUCCUGCGCUCCGCCGAGGACAGGGAGGCGAUGUCCGCCGGGGUGAACAUGUUCCUCGAGUACGCCCGCCUCCCGGACAGCAUCCUGACCGUGGCCGACAACGUCACCGCCGAGGCCAUCCUGACCAAGAUUGCCAGUGGCGCGCACAACCUGGGCACCGCGCAGAUGCGCGUCAGCAACGACGGGAAGAGCGUGGUCGACGAGGACACGAAGGUGUGGGGGACGGACAACUUGUUUGUCGUCGAUGGGAGCUUCCACCCGAAGGUCCCUACCGGAAAUACCCAGGCUCCGAUUAUGAUUGCUGCCAAAUAUGCUGCGAAGAGGAUUUUGGCGCUGAGGAGGGAUUGGUGA